CUCAACCACCCUGUCGGCCAAAUCGCCAAACUUGCCACACACACAGACACACUCCUCAAAAUUCAACAUUCCUACCCCGCCGGAAGUCCUCACUUAAACCCCAGGCUCGCCGUCCUCAAUUCCUCGCCGCAUGACCGAGUCGCAAACCAUUUCGCCGCCAAUCCCCCAACUGGACGAGAACACAACAGCCCCGAUGGACUCUACAAUUGACACCGACACGGUUCUACGGCAGAAUUUGGAGCACUGGGUUUGUUGUGGCUUAAUAUCUCCCGCUGACAUCGCAACGUGUUGACUCUUCAGAAGCAGCAAAUGGCCCCUCCUCCCCCUCCGCAGGGAAUGCAGACUCCUAUGGGAAUGUCGGUAGCUUCCAGAGCCCUGGACGCACAAUUAACGGAAAGCCAAUCGCCGGAGCUGCUUACCCCGAAAACCGCUCAGACACCAAAGGGAGGAGCAAGGUCUAGAGCCAGGGGCGGCACUGGGAGGGGUGCCCGACGUCGGAAGGCCAGCAACGCUCCCAUAAAGGAUGAGAGUGAUGUAUAGUCAUUUCCCCCCGCUUCAGAGUUUGCACAGGCUAACGGCUGCAGGGCGCAUCAUCGGAAGAGUUCACAAUGGAAGGUGUCAAGACAAAGUCCGGGAGGAAGGUACAUAGACCGGCACACUUCAAUCCGGCGCAGAAGCAACCGUCCCGACGCCGGGGGCCGUACCGCCGCAUUCACGAUGCACGAAUAUGCAAGAUCUGUCAGCGCGGUCACUCGCCGCAAUCCAACAUGAUCGUUUUCUGCGACGGGUGCAACACUCCGUAUCAUCAGCUCUGUCACGACCCACCAAUCGACGACUUGGUGAUAGCUGUCGCCGAGGCAGAGUGGUUCUGCGCGAGCUGUAGCAAGAAGCGGGAGGAGCGGCCGCUAUCCACUGGCCUCAGUGGGCAGGGCCUCACGGAGGACGAGAAGCGGGCGUACCUCGCUUCGUUACCGCUGUCAAGUCUUGUGGAGCUCAUAUUCUUCUGCGAAAAGGCGCAUCCAGACUUGCCAUUGUACGAUCCAAAAACAAAAUCCAUCGUAGCCAACAUCAAGACGACAAGCGUAACGUCCGUAGGGAAAGACGGAGACGAGGGGACACCCGGCGUUAAUGGAGAUAGCGCACCUGCAGAAGUGGAAGGCGGCGAACCCCCGAUACACACCGGAGUGCCAAAUUGGGAGGACAUGAUCGUGAGGGCGAUUGCAGCGAUCGGAGACGAGAAGGGCAGCCAGGCCAAGGCGAUCUUUGAGUGGUUAAGCAAGUGAGUAUCGCGCCCUGUCCUAGCGUCCCGGACGUCGGGAAUGCAAUCGUUUCUAACUAGGAUAGUAAUUAUCCCGCCCUCGAGGACCGUGAUAUCCGUUCCGAAGCACAGGGAUCUCUGCAAUCGGCGCUAAGGAAAAGCCGCCUUCUCAGGGAGGGGCAUUCAUAUAAAGUCAAUCCAGAAUACGUGUGUUUACUGAGGUUCUCUCUGCCCAUGAGGAGAACAAUUUACUAAAAGUCGAUCACUAGAUAUCCAACAAGUCAUAUGCGCCGUCCCAAACAGACAACAUCCCAAUAAUAUCCCCCGGCUCGGGGAUAAAGCUACCCCCGGAAACCGAAGACACGGACGGUCUCUUAGUGGACGACGAUCUAGUUGCCUUCAGCCAUCGCUUCAACGAAACCGCCAUUUCGCACCGCACGGGAGCAAGCGUUGACGAUGACGACUUGAUGGGCGGGAUGGGCGAUGAUGAUGACGGGGGCAUACUGGGCAUCGACAACAUUAACGGCGUUCAAGACGCGGAUGACGGCAACGAGGAUGCGCCUGGAGAACCCGACGCCGAGGCGGUACCCGCGCCGGUGGUCAUGGGAUAAUGCUCCCAAUCUCCUUGGCGCUCGCACUCCAACUCCAGCAUGCGGCAGGCAGGAGGAAGCUCCUACAAUGGAGCGCUUGCAUACUGUAUUGUAAUCACAUUUUCCAACCCGACGAUGUACUUGUAAGUUAGAUAAUAAAAUUAGCUUUUCCGC